AUGGCGAAUGAGGAACAAAGGAGGGCAUUUGCAUCGUAUAUGGGUGUGCGCACACCGACGGCUGGUAGCAGCCAGGGCCAGAUUCAGGGCCAUCCAGUGGCCCAAUACCCGGGUGCUGUCGCCCAACCUGCUCAUCCGUAUCUUUUCAAUGUAUUGGCAACUUGCCGUCAGCUAACGUUAUUGGAGCAAUCUCACGGUCUUGGGGUACUCCCCGCUGCGCCGACUCCUCCACCUGCCGCAGCCUCUUCAGUUGCUUCGUUCCCGCAGGCUGGAUACUCUCAGACUAGCUUUCGUACCGGCUUUGGUCAAGGCAUCUUUGGUCAACACGGUCUUCCCCAACGCCCAGGGCCGCUUGGUCAAGCGCAGACCAACCAACACCAACAGCAUAUGCAACAGCCAGGAUCAGAAGGUUACACCUCGGCACCAGGAUACUACAACGCGCACCCGCCGCCAUCAACCGGGUUCAACACUGGUUGGCAGCAGGUAGACCAAGCCGCUGAGCAGACCAGGCGACUGAGUGGUGCUCCUCAGGGCGCCAUGAUCCCAAAUGUGCCCCCCCAAGGGGUUAUGGAGUCACACUUCAGGCAAACAGACGACUAUUAUCACUAUCACCAACGCGAACAGCCUCAACCGCCCCCUCAGCAAUUCGAAGAAGUAGCGGUUCCAGUGAUGCUCUGUCACACCUGUAGUCAUUGUGGACAGAUGCGUUCUGCGGGCUUUCACCGCAACAAUCCUGUUCUUCCUGGCAAGCAUCUGGUACCUACUGCAUGUCGGCGUUGCAAGAAGAGGAUCAAACAGGGCAAUCAUAGCAGUAGCAGCUUUGUGCGUAUCCGUUCCUGCACGGCUGAUACGCCAUGUGACUGGCCGGAGGAGCCCGCCUAUGUUGAUUUCGACGGCGUGGAGCGUAGGGAAAGGCAACGCAACCGAGCCGAAGUCCACGUAACGGCUUACUCUCCAGAACGUCCUCGUAUCGUCAAGCGGACCUCAAGCCAGGUACAUAUUGGCGUUGGCGUUCUCCAGCAACCACCUCGCGACCACAGAUACGAGAGGAAAGCUCGCUUGUCUUCGUUGAGUCCUCACCGGCCUUCAAGAGACGGUGAAAUCUGGCCUCCCCCAGACAUCGUACGUAUGCGUCCAGCAAGGUCAGAAAACGUCUUCUCCGCACCGCCUGAACCUCUGCCAAACCAGACCUCGAAAUCAAACGAGGUAUGGCCGCCUCCGGAUAUCGUACGUAGUCACUCGUUCAGGACGCUCGAGAGGUCUGCUUCACAUCGGCGAAGCAGCCGCAUUGUUGAGCUAAGCCCCUCACCACCACCGCGACGUGUACGCACGAGAUCGACAAGAGUUGUUUUCCGAAGCAAGUCACGGGAGCGGCGUCCGAAAAGUCGAAGCCGAUCCCCAGCUGGUGUCAGAUUUCAGGAGCAGGCCCAUAGCGAAGAUGCACAUGCCCGUAUUACUGCACAUCCACGACCGUUCCGCGCAGUCUCUGUCAGUCGCCACGCUAUCCCAAGAUCUUCCGAUGAGACGUCUAGCAACAAUGACACUACGCCUCGCAGCCGUCCAGACUCGCCUAGUAGACAUAUCCUCAAGCCUGUAGGCAUCGAACGUGUCAUGGAUGGGAGACGUGCAGGUCUGCAUGAGCCUCGACAGAGUAUUCAUGACGAUCUUAACGUGCCCCAUGUGCACUUUACUGCAAAGAACAGGAGCGAGACUCUAGUUGACAGGGGUCGCCCAAGACAUGCGCAUGCGCGAGUCAAGAGUGGCGAUGUCUACGAGCAUUUUCGCGAAUACUCUCGGCAUCGAGUCGUCGAAAAAUCUCCACCUGCGCCUCCUUUGGAGGAGUUCGAGAGGCUCCGCAUACGACGGCACUCGCUGUCUCCAUCCAAGGAUACCGAAGAAGAGAUCCGCAUCGAUCGAGCACGUCGCAUCUCACCGUCUCCUCAGCCGACCGGAUAUUCAGAAAGGAGUGGCAUACGGCACGCUUCGCCUCUGCCACGGCAUGAACGCAUGAAUCUUAGUCCUCGAUCCCCAUCUUCACCAGAGCAACCGCCAUGUCCGGAAUUCAGACAUGUCACACGAGCGCGGCACGUUGGACGUGCAUGGCCAUUGACACCGCCACCAGCCUCACAUAAAGGCAAGUCGGAUGUAGAAGAUGUCACGGAUUCAGACAGUGCUCAUUCUGGCGAAGUUACGGAAGUGCGGAGCUGGAGGGGCCUGGAUGAGAAUGGACGGCCGGCGACUUUUGUAGAACAGCGUAGGCGGGUGAGGAUGAUUGAGCAGGGAGGUGAGCGGGGAGAUGAGUUCAGGCCCAUGGAGGAGAGGUUCGCGGCGGCGAGAAGUUGGAGGGAUGUCUGA